GAACCAGACAAGAGGAUCGUCUAUUUAAAAUAAUAUAUAAGAUAAAAUGGUAUAAAUAGGCUUUCGUCUUUGAAAUAGCACAUUCAGGGAGUUAAACCCCGUGUGUAACAACGAAAAUGCGUGGGUUCUUCAUUGUUUGUUUGUGUUUGGGCGUGGCCCUUGCUGCCGAGUUCCCUGGAAAGUUCCAGUUCAACUCAAAUGCCCGCCGAUUCAACAGCGGCGUGAGCGCCUCGGCGUCGGCCAGCUACAACCCUGGUGCCAACACUGACAAUUCUGGGCGCUACCGCGGCGACGUCAACUCUGGACGCUACGUCGACAACUCUGGACGCUACAACCCGGCGGCCGACAACUCGGGCCGUUACGUGCCCGAUGAUCUUGGCAAAUACGACGGUGACCGAGGAGACCGCGGUGGCGCCGGCGGUUUCUAUAGCGGCUCCAGCGACCGCGGCGCUCCCGGAGGCUUCUACAAGGGCUCAAGCGACCGUGGUGACCGCGGUGGUCCCGGUGGCCAGUACUCCGGCAGCAAAGACAAGGAUACAAUGACUGCCGCGGUGGCGGAGCCUUCUACAAGGGCCCCAGCGAUCGUGGUGACCGCGGCGGUCCCGGUGGCCAGUACUCCGGCAGCAACGACAAGAUCCAACGACCGCGGCGGUCCCGGAGGCUUCUACAAGGGCUCGAGCGACCUUGGUGACCGCGGUGGUCCCGGUGGCCAGUACUCCGCCGGCAGCAACGACAAUGGCUCUGGUGCCGGUGGUGCUGGAAAUGCUGGUGGCGCCAACAGGGCUAGCGCCUCAGCGUCUGCUGGCGCCGGCGCUGGUUCCAGGUUCGGAUCCGGCAUUGCCGUGACCAGCAAGGCUGGCUCCACCUUCGGUUCCGGUGUCGGUGUUGGUGUAUCCAGCAGCGCCAGCGCUGGAUCCGGAAAGGUUUACAGCAGCGGCAACGCCGGCAACUACGACUACAAAUACGGCAUCAUCCGUCAAGAGGGAGAAGUCGAACCCGACGGCUACCACUACCUGUACGAGACCGAGAACAAAAUCCUUGCCGAAGAGGCCGGUAAACUUGAGAAGAUCGACAACGAACACGAUGCUAUAAGAGUCAAGGGAUUCUAUGAGUUCGUUGCCCCUGAUGGCAUCACCUACAGAGUCGACUACACCGCUGACGAAAACGGCUUCCAUCCCUCUGGAGCCCACAUCCCCAAGUAAAGAGUCUAAAUUAGUUAACCGAAAAAGCGUACAUGACAAAUAUGCCUUUUGCCAGACAAGGCUCGAACUGUGUUCAUUAAAUUAUACUAGGCAUUGAUUGUACAAUGGCUUGUUAUAAUAAA